AUGGAUCUGGCGGGGACGAUAAUCCUGCUGUGCUCCUGUGCGGCAGGCGCCGGAGGCCAGUAUGGAAAUCCUCUAAAUAAGUACAUUAGACAUUAUGAAGGAUUAUCUUAUGACGUGGAUUUGUUACACCAAAAACACCAGCGUGCCAAAAGAGCAGUAUCACAUGAAGAUCAGUUCUUGCACCUAGAUUUUCAUGCUCAUGGAAGACACUUCAACCUUCGAAUGAAGAGAGAUACAUCUCUUUUUAGUGAUGAUUUUAAAGUAGAAAUAUCAAACCAAGUAAUUGAUUAUGAUACCUCCCAUAUUUACACUGGACACAUUUAUGGUGAGCAGGGAAGUCUUAGCCAUGGGUCUGUUGUUGAUGGAAAAUUUGAAGGAUUCAUCCAAACUCACAGUGGGACCUUUUAUAUUGAGCCAGCAGAGAGAUAUAUUAAGGACAAAACUCUACCAUUCCACUCUGUCAUUUAUCAUGAAGAUGAUAUCAAAUAUCCACAUAAAUAUGGACCACAAGGAGGUUGUGCAGAUCAUUCAGUAUUUGAAAGAAUGCAGAAGUACCAGAUGACUGGUAUAGAAGAACCCACAACAGAGAAGCCUUUUGAAGAGCCUAAGAACAAUGGUCCACAGCUUUUAAGAAAAAAGCGUGCCACUCAGGCUGAAAAAAAUACUUGUCAGCUGUAUAUUCAGACUGAUCAUCUGUUCUACAAGCAUUAUGGAACAAGGGAAGCUGUAAUUGCACAGAUAUCCAGCCAUGUUAAAGCGAUUGACACAAUUUACCAGUCAACAGAUUUCUCAGGAAUCCGUAACAUCAGCUUCAUGGUGAAACGAAUAAGAAUUAACACAACUGUAGAUGAGAAGGACUCUUCCAAUCCCUUCAGAUUUCCUAACAUUGGUGUGGAAAAGUUUCUGGAACUGAACUCGGAACAGAAUCAUGAUGAUUAUUGCUUGGCCUAUGUGUUUACAGACCGUGAUUUUGAUGAUGGAGUCCUUGGUCUGGCUUGGGUUGGAGCCCCUUCAGGGAGCUCUGGUGGAAUAUGUGAGAAGAGCAAACUGUAUUCCGAUGGUAAGAAGAAGUCUUUGAACACUGGAAUCAUCACUGUUCAGAACUAUGGCUCUCAUGUUCCUCCCAAGGUUUCUCACAUCACUUUUGCUCAUGAGGUUGGGCAUAACUUUGGUUCACCUCAUGAUUCUGGAAUGGAGUGCACUCCAGGAGAGUCCAAGAACUUGGGACAGAAAGAAAAUGGCAAUUAUAUUAUGUAUGCAAGAGCUACGUCAGGGGACAAACUUAACAACAACAAGUUUUCUAUCUGUAGCAUUCGAAAUAUCAGCCAAGUUCUUGAGAAAAAGAGAAAUAAUUGUUUUGUUGAGUCUGGUCAACCCAUCUGUGGUAAUGGACUGGUUGAACAAGGAGAACAGUGUGAUUGUGGAUACAGUGACCAGUGUAAAGAUGAAUGCUGUUAUGAUGCAAAUCAAUCAGAAGAUAAAAAAUGCAAGUUAAAACCAGGCAAAUACUGCAGCCCUAGUCAAGGCCCCUGCUGUACUGCACAGUGUAAUUUCAAACUGAGGACUGAUAAGUGUCGAAAUGAUUCUGACUGUGCAAGAGAAGGAAUGUGUAAUGGUGUCAGUGCUCUCUGCCCAGCAUCUGAGCCUAAACCAAACUUCACAGAUUGCAACAGGCACACGCAAGUUUGCAUAAAUGGGCAAUGUGCUGGCUCUAUCUGUGAGAAGCAUGGCUUGGAAGAAUGUACAUGUGCUAGUUCAGAUGGCAAGGAUGAUAGAGAAUUGUGUCAUGUCUGCUGCAUGAGAAAAAUGGACCCAGCUACUUGUGCAAGUACAGGCUCUAAUCAGUGGGAGAAACACUUUGGUCGUAAAACUAUUACUUUGCAACCUGGAUCUCCUUGUAAUGAUUUCAAAGGCUACUGUGAUGUGUUUAUGAGGUGUCGGCUAGUAGAUGCUGAUGGCCCUCUAGCUAGAUUAAAGAAAGCAAUUUUUAAUCCGGAGCUAUAUGAAAAUAUUGCAGAAUGGAUUGUGGCUUAUUGGUGGGCAGUGUUGCUUAUGGGAAUUGCCUUGAUCAUGUUAAUGGCUGGUUUCAUUAAGAUAUGCAGCGUUCAUACGCCAAGCAGUAAUCCAAAGUUGCCUCCUCAUAAACCACUUCCAGGCACUUUAAAAAGGAGGAGACCACCACAAACCACUCAGCCACCACAGCGGCAAAGGCCCCGAGAGAGUUAUCAGAUGGGACAUAUGAGACGUUGACUACAGCUUUUUGCCUUGGUUCUUCCU